AUGAAGUCCACCUUCUUCGGUGCUGCGCUGGCAACACUCGCUGCUGCGUGUGUCCGCGCCGCUCCCUCGCCCUCGGAUCCCUUCGACCUGCGUCAGUCCGACCUGGUCUACCCGAGGAUGAACCAUGGUGACGACCAACUCGAUGCCAGCGCCAAAGGCCAGUGCCGCAACUCGAACGGCAGCUCGCUCGCCGGCUACCAGCCGCCUCUUUACACCGAGCCUGUUCGUCCUCAGAUCCACUUUUCGCCCACGGUCAACUUCAUGAACGACCCGAACGGUCUCGUGUACAGCAACGGAACCUGGCAUCUCUUCUACCAGUACAACCCUACGCAGAACGUCGCCGGCAACCAGCACUGGGGCCAUGCCGUCUCGACCGACUUGUACCACUGGAAGAACCUGCCCAUCGCCAUUGCUCCCGAGAACGAGGGCGAGGGCAUCUUCAGCGGUAAUGCCGUCAUCGACUUUGAAAACACGACCGGCUUCUUUGACGAGUCGACCCCCAAGGAUCAGCGCAUCGUCGCCAUGUACACGCUCAACACCCCGACCUCGCAGACGCAGCACUUGGCCUACUCGUCCGACGGCAUUCACUUCACAAAGUACCCUCAAGCGGUCAUCUCGCGCAACCAGACCCAGUUCCGUGAUCCUAAAGCCUUCUGGGACGAAACUUCGAAGCAGUGGAUCGUCGCUUUGGCUCUCUCGCAGGAGUUUGCUAUCGUUUUUUACGCCUCACCCAACAUGAAGGAGUGGAAAGAAGUGGGACGUUUCCAGUCGUACGGCAUCCUGGGCUACCAGUACGAAUGCCCCGAUCUCUUCCAAGUGCCCAUCGAGGGCGGUCCUGAGGACGGCAAGAUGAAGUGGGUUCUGGCGAUCUCAAUCAACCCGGGUGCUCCCGUCGGAGGCUCGUUCGUUCAGUACUGGGUCGGCGACUGGGAUGGCUCCAACUUCCAUCCUCGCGACAAUGCCGUGAGGACCAUGGACUUCAGCAAGGACUUCUACGCCUUCAGCAGCUGGAGCAACAGCCCGGGCAAGAAGGCCUACGCCAUCGCAUGGGCCAACAACUGGCAGUACUCGCAGGUGGUCCCCACUUCGCCCUUCCGUUCGAUCCAGAGUCUGCCGCGCGAGCUGACGCUGAAAUACUAUCGCCCGACUCCGCAGUUUGGCGACUUGAUCCUCAACAACAAGCCGGCCAACCUGUCUGCGCUUGGAAGCAAGACGCUGUACAAGUCUGGAAGCGACCACAGCACGGGCAACAAGACGGUCGAGCUGACGGGCAAGGGCGCCUUCGACAUCACCGCCACAUUCAAGCUGCCGGCCGACGUCAAUAUCACGUACAACACCAUUGGCUCGUUUGAGAUCUUUGCUGGCGAUGGCAAGCAGAGCGUCAAGACCGGUAUCCAGAUGGGCGAGCCCACUUUUGCCUACAUUGACCGACGUGGUGCUGGCGAUUCGUUUGCCGCUCAAAACCCUUUCUUCACGGACAAGACGUCGGGCAUCGUGCGCUACGAGGCCAACUACACCGACAGCGAGUACGUGUACAGCUUCCUCAAGCCGUCCGAGUACCUCGACACGACGGGUAAGGACCAGUACAUCAAGCUGCAGGCCGUCGUCGAUAGGUCGGUGAUCGAGGUGUUUGUCAACGACGGCGAGCUUGCCGGCACUUCGGUGUUUUACUUUGACAACGACCAGAUCCCUGCCAAGGUGGCUGUUUCGAUUGGAGACAACAAGCUCGAGCUGGUCGACCUCGAGGUGAAGGCGCUCGACUCGAUCUGGAGCCAGUGCAAGAAGUGA